AUGUUUGGAGUUGGUAAAUCAGGAACUUUUAAACCAAAAUAUGGCAAGAGUAACUACCCAUCUUCUUCAUCAUCAUCAUCAUCAUUUUUACCUCUACCUGCUACAUUUCAUCAAAUUAAUCGAAAGAAAAGAUUACCACUAAUAUUAAUUAUAUUAUUAUUUAUAUGGUAUAUUUGUUUUAAUUCAUUUUUAUCACCAUUUCCAUAUUUAUUUUCUAAAUCCAUUACUAAAAAAAAUUAUCCUCGAGCUCAUCCAUUAACUAGUACUCAAUUUAUAGAAACUUCAUCAAAAUAUAUUUAUCCUCCAAUUGAACAUGCUCCAUUAUUAAAACAAUUAACUACAAGGAAAUUAUUUAUUGAACAUACAUUUAAAGAAAAUGGAAUUGAUAAAACUGGAAUUAAAUCAUUAAAUUUUUUAGAUGAUCCUCAUGAAAAUUUACAAAAAAUUAAAGAAAAAGAAGAAAAUGAUAAUCUGCCAUUAAAUGCUGCUAAAAAUUAUUUUAAAAAUCAAGAUAAAAUUGUUUUUAAACCUAAAAAAUCUAGUAGUUCAUCUAAUAAAUAUCCUGAAAUUGUCAUUGUUACUGCUGUUGAUUUUAAUAAAUAUUCAUUAGAUGGAUUAACUAAAAUUGUUCAAAAUCGAGUAGAUUAUGCUCAUUUACAAAAUUAUGGAGUUUAUGUUAGAUGGUCAGAAGAAUUUUUACCUAUACUUAAUAAUUUUCAAUAUUUAGAUGAUAAAGAAAGAAUUAAAUGGAUUAGAGUUUAUUGUAUGAAAGCAGCAAUGUUUGCCUUCCCGAAAACAAAAUGGUUUUGGUAUUUAGAUCAAGAUGGUUUAAUUAUGAAUAUGAAUAUUAAUAUUUAUGAUUAUAUAUUAAAUCCAGAAAUUUUAAAUUCAAUAAUGUUAAGAGAUUUACCUUUAAUUCCUCCUGAUGGAAUUAUAAAAACUUAUAAAAAUGCUCAAGCUAAUUCUAUUAGAUUUUUAUUAAUUCAAUCAAAUCAAAAAAUUGAAACUAAUUCAUUUUUAAUGAAAAAUGAUUUUAUUGGUAAAUCAAUGAUUGAUAUUUGGGGUGAUAAUCUUUAUUUUCAAUAUCCAAAUUUCCCUUAUGGACCAGAUUCAGCUUUAACUCAUAUUUUACAAUGGCAUCCAUUUAUUUUAAGUAAAACUACUAUUAUACCAGCCAAAACUAUUGGUUCAAGUCAUAAUUUUAAUGAUAAUUCACCUAAAAAUUUGAUUUAUGAAGAUGGUGAUUUUGUUGCUCAAUGGAGUAAUUGUAAAAAUCCUACUGAUUGUGAAAAUAUUUUAAAUAUUUAUUAUAAAAAAUUGAAAAAAGAUUUAAAGACAUGA